AUGGCAGAAUACUUUCGCCGGUUGGCGUCACACGCCGCACACGAUCGUUUGGCCAUCGUCGAUCCAGUCUCGUCGAAAUCAUCAACGCCAGGGCAACACAGCUAUGCUCAACUUUUGUUGCGUGUCAACGUUUUCCACGAGAAGCUCACUGCCGCCGCUCAAGAAGCCCGGAGACCGAUCGAAGGUGCAAGGGUCGGCUUGAUGGUGCCUCCUGGAGUAGACUUUAUUGCCGCUUUGCUAGCUAUCUGGAGCGUCAAGGCAAUCGUGGUUCCGAUAUGUCUCACGCAUCCUCUUCAGGAAAUCACUCAUACAGUAACCGACUCCGGCCAAGACUUCAUCAUUUAUCAUGGAGACUUUGAACGCCAAAUAAGACCACUAAUCCAGACGAGAUCAUGUAUUGAUGUGACCACUAUUCCGCGAGAAGCGAGAUCUAGAGAUGUUAGUAUCACAAACAUCAACCCCUGGUCAGCCGAGACGCCGUGCACCAUAAUCUACACAUCUGGCACGACUGGACUUCCCAAGGGAGCGAUAUUGAGUGCGAAGAAUCUUGAGUUUUCGUUCAGAUCUCUGGCAGAUACCUGGCAGUUGACGUGUGAAGAUCGAGUACUUCACGUGCUCCCUCUUCACCAUGGGCAUGGUCUCACACUUUCACUCCUGUUACCGCUCUGGGCAGGCGCCACAGUAGAGUUCAUGGCCAAGUUCAACGAGAAGCUUGUCUGGGAGCGCUUUCUCAGUACAUCGUUACAUCCAGUCACUGUUUUCAUGGCUGUACCUACUAUCUGGGUCAAAAUGAUAGCCUAUUUCAAUCAGAAUUUCAAGAGCCACCCUGCCAAAGCAAAGAGGGCCACAGAAGCAGCUGCGAGUCUGAGAUUGGCAAUCAGUGGUUCGGCUGCACUACCUGCACCAAUCAGAGAUGCAUGGGCUCAAAUAUCCAACGGGUAUCUGCUGCUGGAACGAUACGGGACGACUGAAACCGGGAUCACGUACUCUGAACGGUUGAGUCCCAAUGGGCGCGUUCACGGAAGUGUCGGAUGGCCUCUCCCAGGUGUACAAGCACGACUGAUCACUGCCGAAGGGCAGGAUGUGACCAACAUCCCCGAUGUGAUGGGAGAGAUCCAGAUCAAAUCCGACGGUCUCAUGAAAGAGUACUGGGGAAAACCAGGUGCCGCAGAGAAAGACCUGACUGAGGAUGGCUGGUGGAGGACCGGGGAUUUAGCAUUGAUCAAGGCCGAGCAUGGCAAUGCCACCUUCAUCCAAGGGCGCGCCAGUGUCGACAUUAUCAAGUCUGGUGGGUACAAAAUAUCUGGACUCGACAUCGAGACGGAAAUGUUACAAUUGCCAUAUGUCCAAGAGGUGGCGGUCGUAGGCGUACCCGAUACCGUCUGGGGAGAGGCGGUGGCUGCGAUUUGUGUGCCGGUUCAAGGUAAAGACGCCGAGCUCACCAUCGCCAAUAUAAGAGAAAACUUGAAGAGUCGGCUCGCUUCAUACAAGCUGCCGAAGAAGUUGUUCGUGAUGAAGGAAUUGCCGAGGAAUGCCAUGGGAAAGGUGCAAAAGAAGGCUCUACGAGAGCGGUGCUUCCCACGGCCACGGGAAACCAAAUUGUAG